AGCGGAUUUGUUUGAGCGGUUCAACUGGCUGUCGGGGUGUGGCAAUGGCGCCAAAGAAGGGGGAGAAGGGGAAGGAGAAGGCGGAGAAGACUGCCAAGGCUGUGAAGGGCGCAGUGGCCAGGAAGGUGAAGAAGAUCCGCACCAAGGUCCGUUUCUACAGGCCCAAGACGCUGGUCAAAGCCAGGAAUCCCAAGUACCCUCGAAAGUCCACGGAGAGCCGUGGUGACAAGCUGGACAAGUACCGCAUCAUCCAGUGCCCUGUGACCACGGAGUCGGCCAUGAAGAAGAUUGAGGAGAUCAACACCUUGGUGUUUCUGGUGGACAUCAAGGCCACCAAGCCCAAGAUCAAGGAGGCGGUGAAGCAGCUCUAUGAUGUGAAGUGCGCCAAGGUCAACACCCUGAUCCGACCAGAUGGGAAGAAGAAGGCCUAUGUCCGCCUCACGCAGGACUAUGAUGCCCUGGAUGUGGCCAAUCGUAUCGGCAUCAUCUAGAUGCUUCAGAAACCGCCAGCUCUGAACCGCGCAAAAGGUGACCAAACGGAUCAUAUGCUGGGUGCUGCUUGUUGGAUUCUCUCAGUUCCCUGGCCGCGCGCGCGCGCGAGGAACUUGUUUCGGGCCCUGGUUUGGAUUGAAAUAGCUGGGAUGCGGGAGCACUGGUCAGCGAUUGCAAGCGCUGAAGGUUGCAAUGUUGCGUUGGCGGUCUCAUUUGCAAAGCGACAUGUCCUCAGAGAGGCCUUAG